AACAGAAACCUCUGCCUCUUGGUACAUGAUUUUCUGUGUUUCCGUAUGCAUAUAAAACUCUGAAAUGUUUCACCAACCGCCACAAUUCAUUUGUAAAGCAUCGAAAGAAUAAAAAUAAAAUAAAAAAUACGACCUCCAGUAGACCACCCGAGUCGAUUUUUUCAGGCUUGCAAAAUACCCUGUUUUUUAUUCAAGAGAAAAAUGGUGGUUCCCGACGGUGGUGAAAGUUCUGGCGGUGGAGACGGUGAUGGGACGCCUUCCCGGCCAUUGUCGUCGAAAACCCAGUUUCCAAAAACCAGCAAUGGUUUGAAACAAUCAGAGAACGAGCUUGAUCAAGUCAAAGAAGAAGUGACCGAACUGAAAAAAGAGCUAAAGGCAUUGACCUCUUCCAAAGGCGGAAACUUUGACCUCUCGUCUUCCUCGCCUUCCUCCGCCGCUCCGCCGAACCCAGCGGCGGAAUUGCUCCACGUGAAGGAAGAAACAGUAGAUGUUGUGGUUGUGGAGGAUGAUGACUUCGACGGUGGAGACCACGUCAACACCAUCAACGGCUGUGGUGGUGAUUUUGGGUCUUCUUCCAUGGAGCUGCCUAAACCCAUGGAGGGUUUGCGCAAGGUGGGCCCACCGCCGUUCUUGAACAAGACUUUUCAGAUGGUGGACGACCCGGAAACCGAUUCCGUCGUUUCGUGGAGUGAUACUCGGCAGAGCUUCAUUGUUUGGGACUUGUACGAAUUCUCCAGGACUCUCCUGCCCAAAUACUUCAAGCACAACAAUAUCUCAAGCUUUAUUCGCCAGCUCAACACUUAUGGAUUCAAAAAGGUUGAUCCGGACAGGUGGGAGUUUGCAAGUGAAGGGUUCCAGGGUGGGAAGAAGCACUUGCUGAAGAACAUCAAGAGAAGAAGAAGGUAUAACAAGAAGCCGACCCCAGUCGCUGCCCAUUCAACCAAAGCCAGGUUGGAAGCCGAAAUUGAGUCCCUAAAAAACGACCAGGACUUUUUGAGGUUGGAAAUCUUGAAUCUCAGACAACAGCAAAAGUACUCUCAGCAUCAACUGACUGCGGUUGAACAACGAAUUCGAAGUUCCGUGUGUAAGCAGCAAAGUAUGCUCUUUUUCCUCACCAAAACCGCCAUGAAUCCCAUUUUUGUGCAGCAGCUAAUGCUGAAGAGAGUGAUAAAGAGAGAGUUGGAUGGAGGUGAUCUAGGCAAGAGAAGGAGAUUGUCCCCGGCCCAAGACAUCGAAAGCUUUGAUGAGUGGAUAAAUGCCAGCCUCAGUUUUGAUUGUGGAGGCCAAAUUGAGGAAGAACUGGUGCCUAUGCAGUCUGCACUUGCUGAACAAAUCUCAGAGGGAAUUGCUUCCAAACAAAAUGAAACCCCGUUAUCAUCUCCCAAAGUUGAUAAAUCAUGUAAUGCAGGUCAAGAUCUAAAUCCUUGUGUGAUGGCCGGAACAAGCAGCUCGGAGGAUGUGCCCUCUGCUUAUGAUGACAUGUCCGAUAAAUUUCUGGAGGAGUAUAUAGUUUUCAAUGAUGAAUGUGCACUGAACGACUCCAGUUUAUACCAAGAAUUGGAGGAUUUGAUUGUCAAGCCGUGCGAUUGGAGCGCAUAUGUGAGUAACUCCUUGGUGGAGCAAGCUGGUUGCAUUGGCUCAGUGCCUUGAAUUUCACAGUAUAAAUCUAAGAAUGAAGAUGCAACCACAGGUGAAUCAAGAACUCCUCAAUCUUGUAAGACUUUUUGAGUUAUGGAGUAUUGUUUUGUACUUUUGCUGUAUUAAUCCCUAAGUUUUAAACAUUUCUCUGUUGUACUGAUUUUGCACAGCUUGGUUAAGAACGUAAACUCUGCAUGGUACAAAUAUGUUCAUUCUGUUCGCAUGAGGGGUUCGGAAAUGAACACUGCUUAGCUCCUUACAUUCCUCUUUAAAUGUAAAUCACAGUGUAACGCAAAUCAAAUUUUGAUUUAAAUAUUUGACUUUUUAUGGGUAAAGAGUCAAGUAUUUUCUGU